UCUUUGAUUAUAUUGAGUGCGAACUGUGAACGGCUUUGGUAUGUUUAUGCUCCACCUCCAGGCUGUUGUUAAAACGUGGUCAAUAUGAAGCUCUUGCAGGGUAAUGUUAGAGAAGUUAAGAAGAAAAAACAUAUUUCGAAAAAACGGAAGAAAUCAUUGAGGAAAUACAUUGACAUCAAAGAUGUUGAUGAUUUUCUUGAGGAUAAACGGCUAGAAGAACGCUUGGGGGUACCAUUUGAAGACCGACCAGAUGAAGCCCUAUUCCGAAUAGAAGAAACUGCAGACAAUGUUGUUGACAAACCAGAAACACAUUUGUCUAAAAAAGAGGCACUUCGGCAAAAGCCUGUUAGGUGUUUCGAAAUAUUGCACUCAUAUUCUGCAGUACAGGACCCAGUUAGAAAAAGAAAUCGUGUCCGAACUCCUGAAGAGAGAAAACAUCCAAUUAAAAAGAAGAUUGAAGAAGAGAGGAAAAGUAAAGGCAUUUUGACAGCGAGAGAACUUGAUGCCGCUCGUAACAGAAUAAUAAAUGCCCAAAGAAAGUUAAACAGACCAAAGAAAGGAGAAUUCUCAGUUGACUUGUGGAAUGAUAAUGGUAGUAGCCAGGAUAACUCACUUGGGACAGAUUCUGAAUGGCUAACACCCACUACUCUGGUACAUACUGUAAAAAACACUGGCCGAUUUGUAAAACGGGCUCCAAAGCUGCUGCUGAAAAAGCCCUUAAAUGUUCCAGCUGUAGAGAACCCACAUCCAGGUAUUUCCUACAAUCCUUCUUUUGAAGACCACCAGGAAUUGCUGAAGAAAGUUGCAGAUGAUGAGCUGAAAGUAAUAAAACAAGAAAAACAUUUAAACAGAGUCACCACUCAGAUGUAUUCAUUUGUAACUCCAGAAAUUAGAAAAAAAGAAUGGUUGAGUGAAAUGUCUGAAGGGCUGCCAGCAAAAGAGAAGGAAACCAGUGAAGUCACAGACGAGGAGAAUAAUGGUGAUAAUGAAUAUAAGGCUAUAAAUCCUCCAGCCAGGAACUUGAAAAAAUCAAAACAAAAGCGUAGAAAAAUGAAAGAAGCACAAAUGGAAGAACUGAAACGGAAGCAAGCUAUCAUCGAGAAGCGAAAAAUUGCUGACAUAUACAAGUUGAGGUUUGUGCAAAAAGCAUUAGAUACAAAGGAGAAGAAGCUUUCCAAGCUGAGAGAGAAGAGAGAAAAGAUUAAAGCUCUAAAAAAGACUGAACCCAAACAACUAAGCAAAACAAAAUAUGAGGAGCCAAAUGUGGAUUUUAACUUGGCUGAAGAACUUAAAGGAUGUCUUCGUGGUGUGAAACCAGAGGGAAAUCUUCUCAAUGAUCGUUUUAAGAGUUUGCAAAGAAGAAGCAUUGUUGAGCCAACAGUGAAACAGAAGGCUGUAAAGAAAGGAAAACGUAAAAGAUAUAUAAAGAACUCUCACAAGAUAGAUGUGACUGCUGCGUGAAAGGGCAAUGCAUGUUGAUGAACCCCUUUGUAAAUAUAUUUUCAAAUAAAGGAAUUAAAAAAAAAAAA